UGAAAAAAAAACAAACAAACUUUUUAUUACUUAGAACUGAUGAAACAUCUUGGUCCUGACCUGACAGCACUCAUGGACAACAUGGGUGACUUCAUGAGCAAUGUUGGACAGAUGGUCACAAAUGAACAUUCUGUCCGAGGAAGAACAGCUAGCACAUUACACUUUGAUCGUCGUUUCCAUGGUGUGACACCUCAGUUUGCGGACUUGGUCAAAGCAGUAAGCGGAAUAUCUGGUGCCAUUGGUGGAUUGAUGGGGUACAUUGUACCUCAUGCAAAAAAAUUAGGUGCAUUAAAUGCUUUACCAAUAAGAGGUGGACUUUGGAAACUUAGAAAGCAUUCUCGGGGAAGAAGUGCAGCUAAUGAAGUGUUCAGUGGUGUAAUUAACGACCUGGUUGAAGUAGCUGGUGAUAUGGGUGGGGUCUCAGGUAUCAUGGGAGCUAUGAUGGGAAAUGUUAUUGGUAAUGUUGGAAAUCUGCAUGCAAAUGCACUUAUUCCACCAAGUACAAUGCUGGCAUCAAAGGAAAUGGCGGAAAUAAACAAAGGAACAAACAUUGUGGAUGAAAUUCAGAAAAUGUCAAAACAACUUUUGAAUGCAAUGCCAAGCGCAGCCAAAAGAAACCCAGACAAAGAAAUGGAAUUGUGCAUGAAAUAUAUAACUUAUGGUGUUGGACAGCUAGGUAUGAUGGAUCAUUAUGGUGGAGUAAUGCCAGAGAGUCUAACGUUCAAACCACUAUAUGGAACACAAGAUGAUGGCGUUGGAGAUGAAAGUUUACACAGAAGGUUGAUUGCUUCAGAGUGGAACGGAGAUUGGGAGGUUCCUCCAAAACUGAAACAGAUAUCAGGGAAUUUAAGCCCAAACUUAUUCGCAAAUGUUCUAAGUGAUGAAGCAUUACAGGACAAUGCAGUUUUGCGAUUCAUAGAUGACAUGGUUCUCAACCACGGUAUCAACACAGACAUUGUGCGUUACUUGAAAGGAGAUUUGUCAUUUAAUCAACUAUCAACUAGUGAUAAAGGAAUAAUACCAGCAUCUGUCCUUGGUGGAAUAAAGCCACAAUACCUAAUACAAUUUGACGGGGAAUCUAUCAGUGAAAUAUUAAAUUCUCCAUUACUUGAUAAUAAUCCUACAAAGUUAAAAGAUUUUCUUCUAAACAUACAAAAAGGGCAAUUCUUACAAGCUGUCGCUAUUAUGAAGCAGAACGGAGUUCAAUUUAGCAAAGACAGAUUGGCGACCGCGCAAAUGAUUGCUACUUAUAUUGUGAAAGAGCAUCCAACUUCUGUAGCUUCAUUAAUUUGUCCAUUUAUCGUUGGUUUACCACCGCAUGCUUUUGCUAACUUCAAUAUUUCGGAUAUUGUCGAUUAUCACCUGUUAUCUUGUAUUCAAUCUGUGAAGGACCAACUUAGCAGGAGGCAGAUAAUGGCAUGGAUUAAUAGCAGAACUAAACACAAAGGAAUUGCUGAAAUUAAUUUAAUAAGGGAUUUUGCUGAUGACAUUCCGACACAUACUUUCCUUAAUAUGCAACCACAAACGAUCAUUGAGCUUAUCAACAGUGGAUUCUUCACCAACAUAAGCAACAACAUUAAUCCUCAUAAACUCAGUGAAAUGUGGCGCAUCUUGUUAAACAAUAUGUUUGUAAUGAACAUUUCAUCUCAUACAUUGGUGGACAUGAUAUCACGCACUGGAGUGUUGCAGUGUGGUAUUGAGAUGAACGACAUGCAAUACCUCAUACCAGCAUCGGAUCUUAACUCAUUUAAUAUAAGUUGGAUGGAGAGAUGUGUUACACAACGUCAAACUCAAAGUACAAUCAGUAAAACAAAUUGCAAUAAAGACAUGAGGAAAUUUGGUUGUGAAAAAUUUCGACAGGGUUGGAGGUUUAACUUUCGGCAAGAACGAGUGGAAAAAUAUUUCGAGAUCCAAAACUUAGUUGCUGGAUCUAACUUACCAGCCCUGAGUGGAAGUUUACCAUCUAAGUUAUCGGACGCCUUGCAUUUGUUGUCACUUGAUGAAAUUUCAUCCAUACCACCUUCGGUAUUGGUGGCAUCUGUUGAUACCAUCGCAAACAAUCACAAGUUAAACAAACUCCAGAGAGGAGUAAUCCUGGAACAAAUUAUAGCAGGAGGAUACCAGUUAAACAACAUUGACCAAGUUACAAGUCUUGGUGAACUUGUUUCUGAGUUAGACACCACUGUAGUUGAUUAUACGAUGUUACAUUCACUUCUUAACACAAGACCUGACCUGAUUCAAAAAAUGUCAAAACACGUGAAAGCUGAUGUUAUGGAUAAGAUAUUAACUAACCAUGGGGUAGAGUGGGCAGUCAACGCGGAAACAAAAUUCUCUUCACUGAUCCCCGCAUCAUUUAUCCGCACGAUGAACAACAUCAACUUCACAGCUGCUUCAAAUAUGAAAUGGAAACGAAGCCAGGCAUUAUACAUUGUAAAGAAAUAUCAAAACAAUGUAAAUCGGAAGCUUACGCUGAGUGAUAUAAGUGUGUUAGGUCAAGCAGCCAUUGGAUUGACUUGUAAACAUGUAUUUGACUUUGCGCUCGAUACAAUGAUUAUGGUGGCCGUUUCAGUGGACAAGGCAGUUGGAAAUAAUAUUCCAGCCGAUCUUGCAAACUGCAUCGCCAACAAAGUUUAUCUUCAACUUAAGAUGGAGAAAAGGAGUCGUCAACAUUUGAAUAACAUCAUUGCACGAGUUAUACCUGGAAAUAUUUUGUUGUUUUUACCAUCUUCUGUGUUAGAAACCACGAGUUAUACAAACGAUUGUAGUUCAAUGAUACGUCGUUUAUCGCACGCAAACUUUAACUUACUGUCGGUUGGACUCGGUGAAAUGCAACUCGAUGGGGUCAUGGAAGCUGUGGAUAAAUGUCAGCAAAACUACAAGAGAAAUUCUGCUUCACCAAUUUAUGGGAAUGGACCACCACCAAAUUACGGAAAUAAACCCCUACCAGAUUAUGGAAAUGGACCUCCACCAAAAUAUGAAAAUGGACCCCCACCAGAUUACGGAAAUAAACCCCUGCCGGAUUACGGAAACGGACCCCCACCUGAUUAUGGAAAUGGACCCCCACCAGAUUAUGAAAAUGGACCCCCACCAAAAUAUGAAAAUGGACCCCCACCGGAUUACGGAAAUAAACCCCCGCCGGAUUACGGAAACGGACCUCCACCAAAUUAUGGAAAUGGACCCCCAGUUUAUAAUCACAGCCCAGGCAUGCCAAAUAUAGUAGAGGAAGAAGACAUUCAAUUCUAUGGUAAACUGUCGUGUGCGAUGACAUACAGAAUUUAUUCAAUGACAGAAGAAGCCUUCCUUCAGUUUGCUAAACAUAUUUUACAAUGUAGAGAUAUCUUAAGAGAUAAAGACAUAGAAAUCAUAGACAACAAAUUCAAUGAAUUACUUCAACAACAAGUUCCCAUGGACGAGAAAUUUAUCGAUUCAGUUUCACCUCUCCUUCCUCUUCUACCAUCCACCACACUACGGAACUUACCAGAUGAUAUUUUUAUGAAUGGUUUACCAAAAGUUCCGAUCCUUCAAAAACGAACCUCAAAACAUCGCGCCGUGGUUGGUGAUCUUAGCACACCAACUUUAUCCAUGGCCAAAAACCUUCAGAUUCAGAUGCCCGAUAAUCAAUCCGAAUCUUCCGAUCUUCUUCUUAACUUUGAUCCUGUGAACAUGAUGGUGUUGUCCGAAGUUGCUCUUCCCAAGAUCAUGGCCAACAUCAUCGCGGCAAAGAACAUCACCAAUCCCUCGGAGACAGAGCUUGUUCAAUUGGUGUUUGACUACAAGACAAUACUAACACUGGGCUCAUCCAUUCUAACUAUUCCGCCAUCUUAUAUUUCUUACAUUGAUCAAGGAAUUUUCAUCAAAUCUUACUCUGUGUUUGGUCGAAUGCAAGGAUGGAGUGAGGAACAACUUCGAGCAUUUAGAGUUAAAUUGGAAAGUACUCAAGACAUGGAAAGUUGGCCCUCCAGUAUGCUGAAGAACCUUGGCCAUCUUCUCCCCAUGUUAAGUGUAUCAAACAUAACUAAACUAACCAACAUCAACAUUGAAGUGUUAGAAACCAUGUCCCAUGUUGAGUGGCCAACCCUGGAACAUAAAACUGCGAUAUUGUAUCGCUACCUGGAACUACAACAAAAAACAGCAUUUCAGUUAAAUGGAGUUGAAUUGAUAAGUUUGAGUGGUUUGUUAUGUGGAAUCUCAACUUCAGAUAUUCAACAGCUUCAUACUGGUAGUGUCAAGUGAGUGGGUCAGGCAUUAGG